GUGACUAGUGGAACGGACACGGUUCGUCGGCUAGCGAGCAGGAUGAGUGGAAUCACGUUGUUUUUAUCGGGGGCAGCGGGUCUCCGCUCCUGGACACGUCCUCUUCUCCUUCUGCUGACGUUCUCAUCGUGGCUGCCGGCCUCGGCGAAGCCCGGCAGCCUCAAGGAAGUGACGGACGGGGACUGGGAGAAGAUCAUGACCGGAGAGUGGAUGAUUGAGUUCUACGCGCCCUGGUGUCCUGCAUGCCAGCAGCUGCAGCCGGUGUGGAAAGAGUUCGCGGACUGGGGGGAUGACAUGGGCAUCAACGUGGCCAAGGUGGAUGUGACAGAGCAACCUGGUCUGAGUGGGCGAUUCAUCAUAACUUCACUUCCUACAAUAUAUCACUGCAAGGACGGCGUUUUCCGAAAGUACCACGGCGCUCGUACCAAAGAAGAUUUCCUCAGCUUCGUCCACGAACAGAAAUGGAAAAACACGGAGCCCGUUUCUUCGUGGUUCGGGCCGUCCUCGUUUUUGAUGAACUCGAUGUCGGCUUUGUUCAAGCUCUCCAUGUUCAUCCGACGUUGCCAUAACUACAUGACGGAGCAGCUGGGGAUUCCAGUUUGGGGCUCAUAUGUCAUCUUUGGCCUGGUCACCUUGUUUGCGGGCCUGACGUUGGGUCUUUUGCUGGUGUUCAUCGCAGAUUACGUCUUUCCUUCGCGACGGUUUUCGUCACACGAUUACUACCAGAAGAAACAGUCAAUGGAGCAGUCCCGACUGAUCCAGAAUCAAGACGAGGACCAGGAGGCUGACGGCGAGGAGGACGACGAGGAGGAGGAAGACGACCAGGACGGGGCCUGGAGAAGGCAAAGGGAGUCUCCCGAGGGCCAGGGCUACCCCGAUGAAGCCCUGAGGAAGAGAGUGGUGGCAAGCCGCGAGGACGACGAGGAGGAGGACAGCUAGAGAGUCGGUGCCGGGAUUCCUGUUCUUCGUUCGAUAAGAGCACAAUGGAGUCAGCCGCAGAAGGAGGAGCUGUGGUCCUGAACGGCAGUAUUAAGAAGAAGGGGUCCAAAAUCUUCCCACCCCCAACCCAAGACACGUCCCCUCUGAACUCCCCUGCCCACUCUGUUAAAAGCGGGAGACUUCUACCUCUCCACCUGAGCAGCAGGCUCCAACUGGAACAACGAAAACUUUCUUCACACGUGUUUUUACAUGCGGCGUACGUAUGAAGCGGAGUACAGACGAAUUUUGAUUCGCUGUUUAUGCUAUGCAUUGUUUCUCAAAAAUAGUUUUUUUCUUUGACUUCUAACAAGCUUUGGUCUGUAAAUUUUACUUUACAAAUGGGUCAUUUUAUUCUGUACACACAAGCAUCAUUCGGCAUUCUGCUGGUAGACUAGUUUAAUCUUUAAUACAUCAAAUCUAUUUAGCUUCAUUAUAUUAACAUGAAAAUGCAGAUGUUUAAAAUGGGAACAAUUGCCACCGGUUAUGCUCAGUCCAAAUUAAACCUCUGGACGAUGAAUGUGGAUCUGGACUUUGGUGUGUGGCGAACUUCUUAAAGUGAUUUAAUAUGAACGCAGCAACGACCAAAGACGUUCAAAAUCACAGUUUGAAGUCUGAACAACUCUCCGAACACAGCGAGUGAUCUGUGGCUGCAACUUCCUUCCCACUUUACGAUGUAAUGCUUUACUGAUAAACGUUUCGCUUACCAUGUUCCAGUAAGAAGAAUUGAGUGAAAUAAAAAAGAUAAAAAACCAUGAAAGCAGCAAUUGUGCAACUUAAAAUGAACCACGUGCAAUAAAAUGUAUUAAGCAUGGGGUUAAAAAAAACACACAGGAAGUAAUGAGGCAGGAAAUCCUUUAAUGUACGAUGCUCAGUCGUGACGCAAGUUUGCAGUGUAUAUAUUUUACUGAAAUCUUCACCCUAAGCACAUUCAGACUUUUCUUUGGGGGGGAGGGUGAAAAAAUAUUUUUAUUCACUCCAAACGUAGUACCUGGUGUGUUUGUACUGCUUGGACAUGGAUUAUGUUGCUGUCAUCUGGUUUAAUGUUUUCAUGUGUGUUUUUUUUUUGUUUGUUUUUAGCUGUUAUUAUGAAUGUUUACUUUAGGAUCCUCCUAAAUGUGCUGCUGACCUGCAGCUGAGGCAGCAGCAGACUGUUUGCAUGCUGAAAGGCAACUAAAGAGGACAAAGUGAGGGGGAGGGGUAUCAGGAGGGUUAGACUGGUUGGUUUGCAGUGCUGUACACAGCUGAGAGACUUUGACUGUUUUAGUUUAGUUUUUUUAACCUUUUUCCAAAAAAUUCAAGCGUCUGAUUCAAAGCUACAAAAAUCACUUGUUGCUAGAAGAAUGAGAGUAUCGUUUCACCUGCAUUUUCACACACUUCUCAUUGUUUUUCUAGGGCUUGUGAUGAACUUCACAGACUAUUGACCCUUAAAUAUUGUUUAGAAUCUCCUUAAAAAUGGAUGUGUUCAUUUGGAAAUCCCUCAAUUGGUCAGUUUUGUUUUUUUUUCUGAUUGCUAUUUAUGACUCGUAGCAUUUUCACUCUACUCUGGGCAGCUUCUGCUCUUCAUUUCUUUGAAUAAAAGUUUAACAAUAAAACCUUU